AGAACAUGAUCUUACAAAAAUCAGAAAAUUCACGUAUGUAUUUAAUGCCUACCAGGCGUUAUAUAAGGGGAAGGAAUCAUUUUGGAAAGCAGAGUUUUCUUAUGAAUGGUGCAAUCGAUCGUUGCCUGAGGACUGGGGAUUUUCUCCCGAAUCGGGUCUCGGUUCCUGGGAAACUAAAGCACGCUUUAGGGUAUACUAGAUUUAGCCCAAGAAUCAUCUGACCUUCUCAAGAUGGCGUCAAACCCUUUCCUAUAGACAUCACGCUCACUUUCCUCUAUGGCCCCCAUUUCCGGUCCAAGGACCCUACUUCUGUCCGAGGUUGUGACGGCACGCACGUUAUGUUAAGGAGUUAUUUUUCCCCUGAAAGGCUUUCGGAAUAUUUAAAGUGAUGAUAAUUUCAUGCUAUAAAUAGUUUUUCCUGUCACACGAGGCUUUUAGUUUUCUUUUAGGGGGCAACAAAAUAGGCUUAUGAUCAGGCGCGCGCUUUGGACGACUUCGACUCCAGCGGGUCUUCGGCGGCCGAGGGAAGACCCGGGAAUCACUGGAAACGCAAGAUGGCGACGGCGGCUGCCUCCUCGGCUUCGGAACCGGAGCCCGAGCCCAAAGCUGCGGCCAGGGCUGAGGGAGAGGAGGACGAAGUGACGGUGGCUAGGACGAGGAGAAAAGUGUUAUCUCGGGCUGUGGCCGCUGCGACGUACAAGACCAUGGGGCCAGGGUGGGAGCAGGAGGAAGAAGGUGUGAGCGACAGCGAUGCUGAUGAGUACGCCAUGGCUUCCUCCGCAGAGAGCUCCCCGGGGGACUACGAGUGGGAGUACGACGAAGAGGAGGAGAAGAACCAGCUGGAGAUCGAGCGGCUGGAGGAGCAGCUGUCUAUCAACAUCUAUGACUACAACUGUCACGUGGACCUGAUCAGGCUGCUCCGGCUGGAGGGGGAGCUCACCAAAGUGCGGAUGGCCCGCCAGAAAAUGAGUGAGAUCUUCCCUUUGACCGAAGAGCUGUGGCUCGAGUGGCUGCACGAUGAGAUCAGCAUGGCCGUGGACGGCCUGGACCGGGAGCACGUGUACGAACUCUUCGAGAAAGCCGUGAAGGACUACAUCUGUCCUAACAUCUGGUUAGAGUAUGGCCAGUACUCAGUCGGUGGAAUUGGACAGAAGGGUGGCCUGGAGAAAGUUCGCUCUGUAUUUGAAAGAGCUCUUUCCUCUGUGGGCUUGCAUAUGACCAAAGGACUGGCCAUCUGGGAGGCUUACCGAGAGUUUGAAAGUGCCAUCGUCGAAGCUGCUCGGCCCAUAGCUGGCUUCCUUUCCCCUUUUGACCGGGAACAAACCUUUGAUUCACAGCUUGAGAAAAUCCACAGUCUUUUCCGGCGACAGUUGGCGAUCCCACUCUACGAUAUGGAGGCCACAUUUGCAGAGUAUGAAGAGUGGUCGGAGGAUCCCGUCCCGGAAUCAGUAGUUCAGAGCUACAACAAAGCACUGCAGCAGCUAGAGAAAUACAAACCCUAUGAAGAAUCGCUGUUGCAAGCAGAGGCACCGCGGCUGGCAGAAUAUCAGGCAUACAUCGAUUUUGAGAUGAAAAUUGGCGACCCUGCUCGCAUUCAAUUGAUCUUUGAGCGUGCCCUGGUGGAGAACUGCCUCGUCCCAGACUUAUGGAUCCGUUACAGUCAGUACCUAGAUCGGCAGCUGAAAGUAAAGGAUUUGGUUUUAUCUGUACACAGUCGUGCUGUUAGAAAUUGCCCCUGGACGGUUGCCCUGUGGAGUCGGUACCUCCUGGCCAUGGAGAGACAUGGAGUUGACCAUGGAGAAAUUUCUGUGACCUUUGAGAAAGCUUUGAGUGCUGGCUUCAUCCAGGCCACAGAUUAUGUGGAGAUAUGGCAGACAUACCUCGAUUACCUCAGAAGAAGGGUUGACUUCAGACAAGACUCCAGUAAGGAGCUGGAAGAGCUGAGGUCUACAUUCACUCGUGCUUUAGAGUAUCUGCAACAGGAAGUCGAAGAGCGUUUCAGUGAGAGCGGGGAUCCAAGUUGCAUGAUCAUGCAGAACUGGGCGAGGAUUGAGGCUCGGCUGUGCAAUAAUAUGCAGAAAGCACGGGAACUCUGGGACAGCAUCAUGACCAAAGGAAAUGCCAAGUAUGCCAACAUGUGGCUCGAAUAUUACAACCUGGAAAGGGCACAUGGGGACACGCAGCACUGCCGGAAGGCUCUGCAUCGGGCUGUCCAGUGCACCAGUGACUAUCCUGAACAUGUCUGUGAAGUGUUGCUCACCAUGGAAAGGACAGAAGGUACUUUAGAAGACUGGGAUGUAGCUGUUCAGAAAACUGAAACCCGAUUAGCACGCGUCAAAGAACAGAGAAUGAAGGCUGCUGAGAAGGAAGCAGCCCUGGCGCAGCAGGAAGAAGAGAAGGUGGAACAGCGGAAGAGGGUGCGAGCUGAAAAGAAGGCACUGAAGAAGAAGAAAAAGCCCAGAGGUGCAGACAAGCCCAGAGAAGAGGAAGAUGAGAAAGAGUGGGGUGAUGCUGAUGGAGAGCAGCCUGCCAAGCGCAGAAGGGUGGAGAACAGUGUGGCUCCAGCAGGAGUGGAUCCAGGCACGGAAGAGGAAUCAGCACUCACCAGAAAACACACAACCAUGGAUGUUGAGACCCCUUCAAAGCAGAAGGAGAAGGCGGCUGCCCUGAAGCGGGACAUGCCCAAGGUGUCCCAUGACAGCAGUAAGGACAGCAUUACUGUCUUUCUCAGCAACCUGCCCUACAGCAUGGGGGAGCCGGAGGUGAAGCUCAGGCCACUCUUUGAGGCCUGUGGGGAGGUAGCAGAAAUCCGUCCCAUCUUCAGCAACCGUGGUGACUUCCGUGGCUACUGCUAUGUGGAGUUUAAGGAUGAGAAGUCAGCCCUUCAGGCCCUGGAGCUGGAUCGGAAGAACGUGGAAGGGAGGCCGAUGUUUGUCUCCCCCUGUGUGGAUAAGAGCAAAAACCCUGAUUUUAAGGUGUUCCGGUACAGCACCGCCCUGGAGAAGCACAAGCUGUUCAUCUCAGGCUUGCCCUUCUCCUGCACAAAGGAGGAGCUGGAAGACAUCUGUAAGGUGCACGGCACUGUGAAAGACCUCAGACUGGUCACCAACAGGGCUGGCAAACCGAAGGGCCUGGCCUACGUGGAGUAUGAAAAUGAAUCCCAGGCGUCACAGGCUGUGAUGAAGAUGGACGGCAUGACUAUUAAAGAGAAUAUCAUCAAAGUGGCAAUUAGCAAUCCCCCUCAGAGGAAAGUUCCAGAGAAGCCAGAGGCCAGGAAAGCACUAGGGGGCCCCAUGGUGCCGCGGCAAAUGUACGGAGCGCGUGGGAAGGGGAGGACCCAACUCGCUCUGCUGCCCCGUGCCCUGCAGCGCCCCACCACUGGCACUGCACAGGCGGAGAACGGCCCUGCCCCCUGCCCAGCAGCUGCCACCUCUGCAGCCAGCGAGGCGCCCAAGAUGUCCAAUGCUGACUUUGCCAAGCUGCUUCUGAGAAAGUAAACGGCACUCUGAGGCAGGAAGUGCCUUCGCGCUGGCCAGGCAGACCAUUCUCUACCCCACUGCACCCUGGGGACGGAAGGGCUGGUGCAGCAUCUGCAGGCUCCUGGGGACCCUUCCCAUGGCUCAGACAAAGGACAGAGGGAGCCUGUUCAAGGAAAGAGACGCUGAGUACUCCCUCACAUUGAGGGCAGGCGGAGAGGGUGAUCGCCCCACAGGCUGCCCAGGGCGGCUGGCCCAGCACACUGGUGUCUUGAAGAGAGAGGAGCGGAAGUGAGCCAGGACCAUGGCCUCUGAGAUGCACUUGUUUCAGCGCUUUCUGCCCUUUUUAUACACUUCUCUCACACCCUGCACAGCACCUGUGCCCAUCACUCUUAGUUUUUGAAAGACAAAAGAUGAGACGGCAUAUGUGAGUGACUCUUCCGAAUGGCCUACUGUAGUUAAGUCACAUGAAAGAAAUCAGUGGAUUUUUGUUUAAGGAGGUUGUGUGUUUUCUAUUAUGUAUUUGUAAAUGACAUACACAUCUGUUGUUUUAUGUUUCCUACAAGCAAGAAUGUUUUGACAGCUCUUGUUUUAUAUAGGAAUUCCGAGUGCCCUGGCUGUGGACCGUUUUUUUUUUUUUUUUUUUUUUUCUUCUAGUGACUAGUGAUCUGUAUUCUUUGUCUAAAUGUUGAGUUUCUGCCCUUUGAUUCUGUUUAAAUUCCAUGUCGGUUGUAAAUUUCAAUUCUCAAAAUAUUUAGCUAUGUUUAUUAAACCGGAAUUCUCUUAAAAAUGUCUUACUCUGGUACUCAGGCAUUCACAAGUGGGUGUAUUUUGAAAUGGGUGUACCUUGCUUUACCUGAUAGUUGUGUAAAUAGAAGUUUUGUAAGUCAAAUCCUGUUGUACUUUGGUUUAAAUUAUUUCAUCAGUGAUGUGUCUUCAGUUUUAAACUUGAAUUUACAGCAGUUGACAUUUCAGCUUUUUAAGCUUUUUUUCCUCUUUGAUCAACUAUUUGUUGCUAUGAAGUCUGUGUUUCCAGGUCAGUAGGAAAACUCCAAAGGCACUGCAGAGGAAAAAACAUCAGGGAAUCCUUUUAGGUGUCAUGGAAAUUAUCUCAUUUGUCUGUUUUUUGUAAGUUUCAGUUUCUGUGUAUCAGCUUCCUAAUUUUUUUUUAAACUCAGCAUUUUUAAUGGACAAAUUUCAGUACAUAAAAAAGUAGACACAGC